CGGGACUUUUAUUAUGUAUUUGUGUGGUUGCGUGUGUCUGGCAGCCAUUCAGGAAAGACUUCACUCUUCACAACACGUAUUUACAAAUUAGCGGACUUCCUGGGCGUUUAACGUUAUUUGUCAGGUAACACUUGCAUCUACAGCAUCAAGCGCUCGCUGCAGAUUUAGUUUCAUGAGGUUCAUUGAAAGACACCUCUGAGUCAGAGAUGGAGAAACUAGAGACUUCAGAGCUUCAGUCUAGACUGUCAUCUCUGUCUGUUUCAUCUUUCCCUGGUAUAACGUCAAAAAACUGUGAAUCAAAUCCUUUAAACAGACUUCAAAGCACAGACGUUUCCCGGACGGUAAUCCAACCAGACAACCAAGCUAAAAUGGAUGAUAACAGCAACAACAGAGAAUCCACGCAAUCUACUGAGGAGCCCAGCGCAUCUCUUGGGAAGGCAGAGGCGGGUGACUCACAGGAGAGCGGUACUUCACACCCUGGGGAGAAAAAAGCUCUUCCUCCAAUGAAACCAGCAUCCACAUGGACCUCCGUGGAUCUGAAGGAGCUGAAGACUAAGCUGGGUCAGCAGAAGGACAGCGUGGUGACGGUAUAUCGUGGAGACAUAAUGACCGUCCACGUGCCCACUGUUCCCGAGGCCAAGCGUGUCUGCUGGGAGUUUGCCACAGAUGGCUAUGACAUUGGUUUUGGGGUUUACUUCGACUGGUCACCAGUCACCAGCCGAGCCAUUACUGUCCAUAUUAGCGAAUCCAGUGACGAUGAGGAUGAAGAUGAUGACCUGGAAGGCCCUGUGGUUCCUGGAGAUAUUGAGAAGGGCUCUAAAUCAGCUGCCAACUCGAACUUGGGAGAAAUCCUGCCUGUGUAUCGUCAGGACAGUCAUCUGGCGGUUCAGAACGGAAGCCACGAGUUUCCAGGAGAAGGUACAUACCAGCUGAAGUUUGACAACUCGUACUCGCUGUGGCGGAAUAAGACUCUGUACUACAGAGUGUACUACAGUGCCUGAGGAACCAAGAGCAUAUUUAAAACGGUUUUAGUGAUACUAUUUUUGAUCGUAUGUAUUAAAUUCUUGCUAUUGUUAAUUUGUGCUUUUUCGUUUUAUCCAAGCCCUAUCAUAGAUCAAAAAAUGACUUCUAUAUAUGUAUACAAGAUGCUUUUUUACGUGAAUGGAUUCAUGAGGCUCAUGAUACGUGCAAUGUGUUCUGUGUGGCUUAUGUGUGCGACGAUCAUAUAAAAGGACCAUGUUUUAUAACUGUAUUGUCUGACACCACAAGAGAACUGUGGCAUCGCAUAUCAGGGACUACAGAGUAAUCAGGGAAAGUAUAUGGGUGGUGAACCGGGUCAAAUGCUUUUCACACAGUUCUAGACAAAUCAAGAGCAAACAAGGAAAGCGAGCAGGUCACUGUUGAUUCAGGUAACGACAUAUGAGUGUUUAACGUUCGUUUGGUUGUUUUUUUCUUGUUUUAUGUCAUACAAUACUGCAUGGAGUAUCGUAUGGGACGGCCUCUGAGGUCAGACACACUAUUUUUUACAUACUGCUAAUACUGGGUUUGUUUUCUCAGCCACAAAGACACUGGAAGCCACCGCGUGUUAGGAUUUAAAUAUGUUUUUAUGGCAGUUGUAUACUGUACUAAAAUGGCUAUCAUUUCAGUCACCAGGGUUACUACUGGUGGAAAUGGGCAACUUUAAACCAUUUCCUGUCAGAAGCUAAUUUGUUGCAUAACUGAUCCAAUAUUUGCAUGUCCCAGGCUCGUUUAGACAUCAUGCAGAUGGCCUGUCGAAGACGUUUAUUUACAUUUAUGUUCUUAGCCAAUGCCUCUUUACCAAGGUAACUUACAAAACUACCUAUAUACGUAUUUUUUUUGCUAAAAUCACGUGCAAUAUGCCACACUAAGUGCUGCCAGCAGGGGUUGUAGUGUAGUGUUUUGUUUCAUUUAAAUACUCUGGUUUUUGAUUAAAUGAAUACCAAAUGGCGCUGCAAAUGUGCACCGUGAGAGUUCCUUUCGUACCUUGAUUAUUUGCAUGUCUUGAGAGACUGUUGCAUCGUGCUGCUGAGGUACUCGAUUCUGCCAAUGUGUUUUUUCUGCUUGUCUUUCUCUGUAUCUUUUUUGUACGAUAUGCAUAUAUAUGUUUGUCAUCCUCUUCUUGUUUUUCGUUUGUUUCUUUUGCUGUUGUUCACAAUAAACGUUGACUUUGAAUUGA